AUGGAUGUUGACCACCUCAACACCACCGGCAUGCCGCCUGAGCUGCCACAGUCAUGGCCUUCCAGCACCCCUCAGUCACGAGACAUGCUGCUCAAGUUCAUCGCAGGAUGGGCGGCAUGGCAAUACGCUGUGACCCUUUUGCUCGGUAUUGUUGUCUAUGACCAAGUCAUGUACAUCAAGCGAAAAGGGUCGAUCGCAGGCCCUCGGCUCAAAAUUCCUCUCAUGGGUCCCUUUAUUCAAGCUCUUCAUCCCAAAUUCGAAUCAUACCUUGUUCAAUGGGCCAGCGGACCUCUGAGUUGUGUUUCUGUCUUCCACAAGUUCGUCGUUCUCGCCUCCGACAGAGAUAUCGCCCACAAGGUCUUCAAGACCCCCUCACAUGCUGAGCCCUGCAUCGUGCCCAUUGCCAAGGAUAUUCUCGGCCACAAAGCCUGGGUCUUCCUUCAAGGCACGACCCACGCCGAGUACCGCCGUGGCCUGAAGCCUCUCUUCACGAACCAAGCCAUCUCGACGUAUCUCCCCGUCCAGGACCGAGUUCUUGACGUCUACUUUUCCAAGUUCAUCUCCAUGACAGAAGCGAACAGCGGACGCCCCGCCCCUUUCAUGGGCCUGUUCCGCGAGAUCAACUGCGCACUAUCGUGCCGCACCUUCUUUGGCGACUACAUCUCCGAGGACGCCGUCAAGAAGAUUGCCGACGACUUUUAUCUCGUCACGGAAGCCCUUGAGCUCGUGAAUGUUCCUCUGUCCAUGUAUGUCCCUUUUACCAAGACGUGGCUGGGUAAGCGCACCGCCGACGCCGUGCACGUCGAGUUUGCAAAAUGUGCCGCCGCAUGUAAAGCGAACAUGGCCACGGGCGCGGCGCCGACCUGUAUCGUCGACCAGUGGGUUCUGCACAUGAUGGAGUCGGAAAGGUACCGCGAAAAGGUUGCUGCCGGAGACACCGAUGCCGAGAAGCCGAAGAAUAUGAUCCGCGAGUUUACCAACGAGGAGAUCAGCGAGACGCUCUUCACGUUCCUAUUUGCGUCGCAGGACGCCUCGAGCAGUGCCACUACCUGGCUGUUCCAGGUUCUCGCGCAGAGGCCCGAUGUUCUCGACCGACUGCGCGAGGAGAACCUCAACGUCCGGGGCGGCGAUCGCACAAAGUCGUUCAACCUGUCCAUGUGGGAGUCGAUGACUUACACGCACGCCGUCAUCAAGGAGCUUCUGCGCCACAGGCCGCCCGUCAUCUUUGUGCCCUACCUCGCUACGAAGAACUUUCCCGUUACACCGAGUUAUACCGUGCCCAAGGGGUCGAUGAUUGUGCCGUCGUGCUACCCGGCCCUGCACGACCCGAAUGUCUAUCCCCAUCCGGACGUGUUUGAUCCCGAUCGGUGGAUCACGGGCGACGCCGAGUCCAAGACGAAGAACUGGCUCGUCUUUGGGGCCGGGCCGCAUGACUGUCUUGCCAGGCGGUAUGUGCCGCUGUCGAUGGCGGGCAUGAUUGGCAAGGCGGCGCUGGAGCUCGACUGGAAACACCAUGCUACAGAUCGGUCCGAGGAGAUCCGCGUGUUUGCGACGCUGUUUCCCAUGGACGAGUGCCCGUUGACAUUCACGAGACGCCCGUAA